CUUUUCCCUAAAUUUGCUCAUUCGAUUUAAAAAAUCAAAUGGGAUUUGUUGAAAUUUAGUGCCUUGAAAAUUUUCCACGUUUAGGUUUUUAUUUACGGACUAUUUAAAACGGAAAAAUCAGCUUCGUUGAAUUGAAAGUGUUAUAACGAGUAAAAUUUUUUGUGUUGUUGAGGAAAUUUUCAAUUAUCACGACGUGAACGUGAGCGUGGAUCAAAUUCGCAAUAUUGCGAUUCCUUGAAUACAUAUAUAUAGCAAUUUGCUAGAGAAAAAUAUUCGUGAAAUAUAUUUUGUUUUUAUUGGAGUGGACUAGAAAGGUUCGACAUACACUUUUCGAGAAAGAAGUAAAAGUAUUGUUUGUGAAAAAUCGUCGUGAAGUACAGAGAAAAGGAGCGCUUUAGAGGGGACCAGAUUUUGUGUUUUUAAGAAAUCAUGGAGUAUAUGCAGCCGUUUUCACCACAAUUUGAGCAACAGCCACAUGAGGAAAAUCAAAGCUCCGGUGGUCAUUCGUUGCGUCGUAGUCGAAGUAUUGAACUGAGGGCCGGCAAGCUCUACCCGACCUGUGAUUGCAUCAAAAGGAAUGGACUACAAAGUGAUUGCAGGCGAACUGAAUGCCAAGGGAAAUCUUGCUGCAUGCGGAAAAGUGGUCCAACUUGCAGCCCUGCAAGUUUUGCUCAACGGUUGGCCAAUCAUAACAUGGGACGCGCCAAGCGGAGUGGAGUAACGCGGGAAGUCAAAGUCCAACGAUUGGGAGAAACAAAGCGUGAAGAUACCAAUCAAAAUGAAAUACCUCUCACAAACUCUCCAAAUGUACAAGAAUUUGAAAUUAAGGAUUUAGAUCCAAAGAUGAUGAAUCAGUUCUUCCCUAACGGAUAUCCCCAAGGAAGCUUCCCUCAAUAUAAUGGAACCCCAAUGAUGGGAUCAAUGCAAGGUUUCGAUCAAGGCUAUGGCGGUUUUCCAAUGGGCCAGCCAAUCGCUCCCGGUCAAAUUUUGAAUAGUCAACCCCAAGUUACCAGUUCAAUGCCCGUCGGGCAAUCAAAUACAAUGGAAGCAACUUCAAACAGUCCAAGUAUAAUGAAUUCACCGCCAACAGCUUCUGGAUUGCCGCAACAAUUUGGAAAGAUGCCUGCACCAAUUGCCGCCUUUGAACCAAUGCCGUCAAUUCAACAAUUGCCAGUUACUGGAUUCCCAACUAUGCCAAGUGGACAACAGUUUGGCAUCCCCGGACAGUCAUUCACCCCGUAUAAUGGCGCCAUGAACUCGUAUAAUCCCUACAGCCCGAAUCUUCAGUCAUAUUUGCCUUGCGGAGUGGGCGGUAUGCCCUCGGCCAUUCCUUGCGGAACGGCUCAGUAAUGUUGCUUCAAUAAGUUGUCCUUAAAUUAUCGAUUUUAUCAGAGGCGCAACGAUCUCGUACUUUGUCAGUUCUCUCAGUUGUCUCACUCUGAGGCUCGCGAGAGAACACUGGUGAAAUGAAAGUUUCUACGAUGUCUGGUUUUGUCCCGUCUUCUUGUUUUGAUUUGGUCGUUAUAACACUAUUUUUAAAAUUAAAUACGUAAGAUGACAAA